UUUUACAUUAGGUACUAGAAAUAUUUUGUAUAUUCUUUAGGUACUUACAUAAAGUAAGCGUACUGAACUUUAUGUUCGUGUGUGACAAAUUAAAAUCAAGAAAUCUGACCAAGAAAUUAAUGAAAGCCUGACUAUAAUAAUUAUAGUAUAAACCAGAAUUAUUCUGGUCGCUAAAAUUUGAAUGUUUUUUCGUUUUAUAGGUUAUAAUAAUGUCGAAAAUAUUGAAUAUUUUACUAAAUUACAACAAAGUAGGGCCGCGAAUAUUUAGUUCUAAAAUGUUAAUCUGUCAUAAUUCGUUAAGAAAUGCAAACCUUCAUACACAUUUACCGAACUGUGCAGUGAAAAAAACCACAACCGCUGCUGGAGGAGUGUUAGGCCUGGGCAAAGGCAAGAAAAAGCUCAGCAAGUUGGGAUCCAUGGAGAAGAAGCAGCUACCAGUUGAAACAGAUCCUGAAAAACUGGUGAACUAUGUAUGUGGUUCAAAUAUUUACACAACUGGUGAAGAUAUUAAGAUAAAAGAUGACAGUGAGUAUCCUGAUUGGCUCUGGACCCUGAACACAGGAAAGCCUCCACGCAUUGAAGACCUAGACCCUAACACAAAGCAGUACUGGAUCCGUGUGAGAGCUGCUGGCAUGCGUAGGAACAACAAACUAAGAUCUAUGCGCAAGUUCUAGAAAGUUCUGCUAAACUUCUUAUUCUAGACUUACAUAAUAUGUUGAAUAUAAACACACAGCUAAUUGCAGUCAGUAACUUCUCGUUGAAUAAUUUUCAAGUAUGAAAAUUUUACAUAAAAGUAAAAGAUAUAUACAGGUACAAAGUUGUAUUGAAUUAUUGGGCAGAGAUAAAAUCAGGAUAAAACCAGGAUUCCCUAUGCGGGAAUUCUAAUUACUGGUCACCUUGUCACCGGUUGCCUAGAAAUGUACUAAAAUAAACAUACAUAUUAACUUGGUCAAGCAAAGCUGAAUUUAGAAAAACUUUAUAUUAUACUAUUUCAAACAAUAUUCUUAGGUUUUAUAAAAAGCUAUUAUAGAAAUAUGAUAUUAUAAUGUUAGGUAGUAGAUUAAAAGUACAUAACUUAUUAAAUUUUAGCAAUAAAAACAUUUGUUACAAGGUUA